CAUGACGACUCUCCAACCCCGCCCUCUCGGGGCGCACAGGGACGGCGAACCAAGCAGACUCGGGGUCGGGUGGGGGGAUAGCAGCAGGAGGAGUAGGAGGAGGAGAUCUUCAACUUGGGCUUCGGAGCCGGUGCUUUUCCUGGUGCGGUGCAGUCUUAGCUCUACCAACGGACCGGUAUGCACUAUCCGCGGAGGAGGAAGUGAGCCGACCGAGAAAGAUGCAGGCGGAGGACAUGGAGGUACCUAUCAUUAAUAACCUUAACGAUAACGGCGACAGACAGAGGCCGAAAGGGAAAGAUGUGUUCAAGGAUCAGCAGAAGGAGUCGGAGAGCUCCAUGGAGUCUCCCAACCUGGAGUUUGAGUACGGAGACACAGACACACUGACUGCUGAGCUUUCAGAGCUCUACAGUUACACAGAGGAGCCAGAGUUUGCCCUGAACAGAGACUACUUUGAGGAGGACUUCAGGAGCCAUGGUACUUUGCACAUCCCUUUAUGUGUAGGAUACCGGGUGUGUCGUUCAGCUCAAUCUCGAGGCAGGAGGUGGAUUGAGCUGACGGUGGAGGAGCAGAGGGCGUAUGUGAUGAGGCUGCUGGAUGCGCUGGAGGUGACGGACAGAGACAAGAGGCUGAAGGUGGCCAGGGCCAUCCUUUACCUGGCUCAGGGAGUGUUUGAUGAGUGUGACACAGAGGUGGAUGUGCUCCACUGGUCCAGACACAAUGUCUUCCUGCUCUACGACAUGGGCAUCUUCACGGCAUUGCUGGAGCUUCUUAGCAUGGAGAUAGAUAACAACCAGGCGUGCAGCAGUGCAGUGAGGAAGCCUGCCAUCUCUCUUGCAGACAGCACAGAGCUCAGAGUGCUACUGAGUAUCAUGUACCUGAUGGUGGAGACCAUUAGAGUUCAAACAGAGGACGACAGACCUGAGUGGAGAGCAGCCAGAGAGGCCUUCAAGAAUGAGCUAGGUUCACCUCUGUACAAUGGAGAGCCCUUCGCCCUGCUCCUCUUCACCAUGGUGACCAAGUUCUGCAGCAUGAAUGCCCCACACUUCCCCAUGAAGAAAGUACUACUGCUGCUCUGGAAGACAAUACUGUUCACCUUGGGGGGUUUCGAGGAGCUCCAGGAAAUGAAGGUGCGGGGCCGGGAGCGUCUGAACCUGCCCCCGCUGCCCGAGGACAGCAUCAAGGUGGUCAGGGCCAUGAGAGCAGCCUCGCCCCCGGCCUCUGCCAUGGAGCUCAUUGAACAACAGCAGCAGCAGAAGAGAGGCCGCCGCAGCCGCAGGAGUGCCUUUGUUGAUAGCUUGGAAGGAGACAGUCCCUUUCCCAAGAAGCAGCCCCUGGUUAAGCAAGACAGCCUGGACACGUACAACGAGCGGGACCCCUUCAAGAACGACGACGCCCGAGACGAGGAGGAGGACCCCGAGGACACAGACAGCGGCAUCGAGGGCGAGGUGGACCCCUUGGACCGUGAUGUCAUCAUCCAGCCGCCGCCUCCUCCACCUCCCCUCAGACCGCCCACAGAAAGGGUCAACUUCCCCAAGGGCCUUCCCUGGGCCCCUAAAGUCAGGGAGAAAGACAUCGAGCACUUCCUUGAGACCAGUAGAAACAAGUUCAUCGGUUUUACUCUGGGAAAUGACAUAGAGACCCUGGUGGGCUUGCCCCGACCCAUCCAUGAGAGCGUCAAGACUCUUAAACAGCACAAAUAUGUGUCCAUCGCUGAAGUACAGAUGAAAAGGGAGGAGGAGCUCCAACAGUGUCCACUGACUCUGGGUGAGGAGGAGGUGGAGGAGACACCAGCAGAGAUGCUUUACCUGGGCAUGCUUCCUAACCUCUCCCAGUACGUGAUUGCCCUCCUGAAGCUGCUGCUGGCUGCAGCUCCAACCUCCAAAGCCAAAACUGACUCCAUUAACAUCUUGGCUGAUGUGCUCCCCGAGGAGAUGCCUAUCACAGUCCUUCAGAGCAUGAAGCUGGGAAUUGAUGUGAACCGUCACAAGGAAAUCAUCGUCAAGGCCAUUUCUGCUCUGCUCCUGCUGCUUCUCAAACACUUCAAACUCAACCAUAUUUAUCAGUUCGAGAUUGUCUCCCAGCACCUGGUGUUUGCCAACUGUAUCCCACUCAUCCUCAAGUUCUUCAAUCAGAACAUCAUGUCCUAUAUCAGUGCCAAAAACAGUAUAUGUGUGCUGGACUUCCCCCACUGUGUGGUCCAUGAGAUGCCCGAGCUCACAGCUGAGAGCCUGGAAGCAGGAGACAACAACCAAUUCUGUUGGAGAAACCUGUUUUCUUGUAUCAAUCUGCUGAGAAUAUUGAACAAGCUGACCAAGUGGAAACACUCCAGGACAAUGAUGCUGGUGGUGUUCAAGUCUGCCCCAAUCCUGAAGAGAGCGCUGAAGGUGAAGCAGGCCAUGAUGCAGCUCUACGUUCUCAAGCUGCUUAAGAUCCAGACCAAGUACCUGGGCCGCCAGUGGAGGAAGAGCAACAUGAAGACCAUGUCGGCCAUCUAUCAGAAGGUCCGCCACAGGCUCAAUGACGACUGGGCCUACGGAAAUGAUAUCGACGCACGGCCCUGGGACUUCCAGGCAGAGGAGUGCGCCCUGCGGGAGAGCAUCGAGAAGUUCAACAGUCGCCGCUACGACAAGAACAAGAACGGAGACUUUGCACCCGUGGACAACUGCCUGCAGAGCGUGCUGGGCCAGCGCGUUGAGCUGCCUGAGGACUUCCACUACAGCUACGAGAUGUGGCUGGAGAGAGAGGUCUUCUCCCAGCCAAUCCAGUGGGAGGGGCUGCUGCAGAAUCCGUGAUGGAGGGGGAGGGAGAGGGUCGGAGAGAGUUGGGUGGGAACGUGGCAGUGGAGAGGUCACAUACGAGCCUGUCGGAGUGGUUUUAGGGUGUGUUCUUACUGCAAAAAUGGAGUCCGAGGAGAGGAGGAGGGAGGAAUUUGGGGGGUGAUGAAGGGAUGGGGGAGGGUAAGGAGAAAGAAGCUGGAGACGGAGAAGCCACCUACCCGGCAGUGAUGGGAGAAGACGGAAGAUGAAGGGUAAAAUGGAGAUUCCUACUGAGAGCUCGGCAAAUAGAUGCCACACACACAAUUGACUCUAACAUGUGCCUAUGACUACUGUGAACACACAUGGACGUGACAGGCAAGAACAGAGGUAGCUGUUAAUAAGAAACCGCUGUAGCAGGAGACCAUUUCGGCCAGUUAUACUGGUGUUGUGUUACACAACAAAAAUAUCUUCAUCACUUUGUCAAUUUAUAUGUCCCCCUUUUUAAAAUAUUGGUGCUUUUUUGACUCCUUAGUGAUGUUUUCCUGUUUUAUUUGUAUCAGUGUGUGUGGUUAAACAUUUUAUGAUAAAUCUUUUUAUUUGAUUGAAGAUGUAAAUCUAAAUGAUUUCUAAUCAGUUUAUGUCUUUUUUAUUUUCUCACAAAGCCUACUGUAGGUAUUGGGUUGUUGUUUGUUGGUGAUGGAUUUGAAAGUUUUUCUUAUGUAUUUUCUAGAGAAAAACAAGGCAUUUUGGAAGCAAACCACAGGGUCAUUUUUGAUAGUCCAAAUGUAGAGGUGGGAGCUAUUUCCACAAAUGGCAUAGUGAUCUUUCACCAAAAAAAGAAAUAUACCAGCUGUAAGUGAAUGGGUUUGUUUGUGAACGUAAAAAGUGUGUGUGUGUGUGUGUGUGUGCAGGAAGAGAAAACAGUAAAUGAAAAUGGACAGAUGUGGAGAGGAUGGUUUGGAGUAAGAAACUAUAAGAAUCUUCUGGAAGAAACUGUAUCCUAUUUGUUCUCUUUUAAAAUAGAAACAUUACGUAGUAUAGAAUCCUUGCUAUUCUAGGUAUUUUAGACACUUCGAUAUCUUUGAAUUUCAAAUCCAGAAAUCACAGAACCACAUCUGUAAUAACUGAUGUCAUCCAGGAUUUGUUCAUGUUCACAUGAAGUCCCGUUAUGGUUCCAUGUGCUCUGCUCUUUAACGGGUGUGGGAUCAUUAACCAAAUGUACAGUUACCAAAACAACCAGUUAAAGGUUGAGUGUGUAACAUUUAGGAGCUAUUGGCAGAAAUGUAAAAAAGUAUGUUUUCAUUAGUGUAUAAUCACCUGAAAAUAAGAACUGCCAUGUUUCUACAGUAGCCCAGAAUGGACAAACCAAACACUGGCUCUAGAUUGGGCCAUUCUCGUAUUUCGCAAGUUUCGCUGCCACCGUAGUUUCUCCUAUAUGCUUGAAAGGGGAGGGGAAGGCGAGAGGUAUUCUAAUGGUUGCAAACUGCAAUUUCACCACUACAUGCCACUAAAUCCUACAUACUGGACCAAGUCUUCAUCCUUUAAGUAUUUUCUCUUUUAAAAGCUAAAAUACUGUUUGAAACCACUUCUGGUAAAACAUAAAUCUCACCUUUGUGUGGCUUGUUGAAGUAUGUUUUCAAGUGUGUAAUGGGCUCAUAGUUGCCCCUUGUGGCCAUUUGGGGGAAUGUUGUCUACCCUCUGGCUUCAGGGGGCAGUAAUGAGCCCAUUACAGUUUGGCGUACCAUAAUGAGGCAAAGGCGCCACACUGGAAAACUUAAUAAAGCAACAGUUAUGCUUUAUCUUUCAAACAUUAUUUUUCGGUUUUACAGAAAAGACUUUUAGAAUGAAGACUAAUGGUUGUUUUUGCAAAUGUAGCAGGAAUUCUGUUAAAAGGUUAAUUGUGACUCCCUGCUUCCACCCCCUGCCCGAUAACAGCACAAUAUGUAAACCACUGAGCCCCUUGGUGGUGGCCUUGUUGAGCACUUUGCCACCCUUGCUUGGAAGAACACAGCUGUCACAAAAAUGGUGCUGUUUUUUCUAGUUCAUCUUCACUGUACUUUAUCGUUCCUUCACAUCCAGCUACCUAAGCGGGGCUCCAGAGUUGAGAGCUCUGAAGUGUUUCCUGGAAAUGUCCAAAACUGAAGCACAGAAACAAGCACAGAAAACAAAAAGCAUGGUCAUAUUUUUCUUGCUCUGUUCAGAUUGUUAUCUACUUGACUCCAGGGGUCAAGAACAGUUUUCUCUGUGGAAAUGUGCAAGACACAUUUAAACAUUUGUCUAAUGAUGUUUCGAGCACAGAAGUGUACUUUUUCAGGCACAUUGUUCUGCAUUACAAGGGAUUUAUUUUUCUUCUUCAGGAAGAUGAAAUCUUUAAAAAAUAAUAUUGUAUACUCUAUAGAUUCUCAGGUUUAUGGAGAUAAUAUAUUGCAAAAGUUUUAAAAGCUUCCUUGCCAUCAUCUAGCUCACUACAUGUAGUGAUGAAUACACAUUUAUCUUCACAUUCUUGUACUAAAAUACCACCUGAAGCACUAAAGAUUUACUACAUAGGCUGUACAUUUUCACUAAACACAAUAACUCAUUGUGAGUUUGUAUUUAUGUCAGUUAUAGUUCAAGUUUAGAUGUAUUUUUGUGUAUCUUGUGCCAAAUUUGAGUGCCAUUUUCUAUUUUUAUUUCAUUGUUGUUACCUUUGUGAUCAUAUUUAAGGUUUUUCAUUCAAAUCACCACUCAAGGUUUGCAAUACAAAAAUUUUAUCUGAAAAUUGUACAAUCAAUGAAAAUAGCUGUCUUGUAUCUGGUAUAGUAUUUAUUUUACCAGAAAGUGUUUAAUAUUGUAUGGAUGUUAUUACUAUUAUAUACGUUAUUAUAUACAUGUUUUUGUUACACACAUUUCCAUAUCUGUAUAGUUUAGAUAAAUACUCAGUACUGAAUUUGUUCAGGGGUAUGUGCAAUUAUAGAUCCAUAGAGGCAUUAUUCAAUAGAAUGACAAAUUACAAUAUCAGAGUUGCUUAUUAAACAAUGUUGAACAGUU